AUGUGCUCAGUGAAAUCGGUUGUAGUUAUAUCAACAAAGGAAGACUAUACAGUUAAACUAUCCAACCACAAAACCCGUCACCCGUACGGCCACCAGUGCAACGUGUCAGCAUCACCUGCAAGGGGCGGGAUACUUAUUGCUAGGGCAAUCCUCGAGUUGAAGGAGGACAUUAAGAAUACCCCCCGGCCUGUGCUAGCUCGGCGGCAGCCCGAGUCGUUGGACCUCCUGUGCCCAGAGGACGCCAGUAAGGUCGACGGCAAGGUAGCUCAGAUCGAGUGUCUUCACGCGGUGUUGCUGGAGCAGAGGCGCCUGGUCGAGGUCGAACGACACUAUUUUGCGAUUUUUGCCGGCUUAGCGACGGCAACACUGGCCGCCGUAGCUGCCCUGAUUUUCCUGAACAGGAAAUUGAAGCAAGCCUCUCUUGAGACCCGUCUUGUCACAUUACAGGACGAGAAGAAGCCCGAAAUAGCCGAAGCCCAGGAGGACGAGGAGUCCGAAGAGGCCGAAGCCCUGGAGGAUGAGGAGUCCGAAGUAUCCGAAUCCCAGGAGGAUGAGGAGUCCGAAGUAUCCGAAUCCCAGGAGGAUGAGGAGUCCGAAGUAUCCGAAUCCCAGGAGGAUGAGGAGUCCGAAGAGGCCGAAGCCCUGGAGGAUGAGGAGUCCGAACCGAAGGAGGAUGAGGAGUCCGAAGUAUCCGAAUCCCAGGAGGAUGAGGAGUCCGAAGAGGCCGAAGGAAAGGAGGAUGAGGAGUCCGAAGCCCCGAACCGGGAGGAUGAGGAGUCCGAAGGAAUCCCAGGAGGCCCGAAGGAGCCGAAGCCGAAUCCCAGAGGAUGA